AUGGAGGUGACACUCAUGGAGACGUUGCAAGAUGUUAUGGGACAAACAUACCAUCAUCAGCUCCCGAUAGGCACGCUUCUACAGGACUUGGAGCAGCUCAUGCGGGAUCUCCUAGAAGAGAUGGGUGGACUAUCUGUCGAGGAGGAACAGGAUGCUCUUAUCGCCAACUUAAUUUGGGGGAGACUGCAACGUAUGGAUCCUGUGAUCUAUCCAGUCACAUCAACUGAGAAGGACACAGAUCAAGGCAAUGUGCCAGCGAUUACAAUGCCAAAACCACUGAAGACGUGGAAUGUGAAGAAACCACGCACAUAUGCCGAAGCAAUGACAUCACCGCACAAAAAGGAAUGA